AUUACAAUCUAUGUCAAAGUAUUUAGCACCAUUGAACAAAACAUAUUCGAUCGCCGAGUGAUCGAAGCAUAUUUUGUAGAUAAGCGAAGUACAUGAAUGGAAGAAAGCGAUUGAAAUAUUCCUUAACAAAUCGAUCAUGAAACGAGUGAAUUGUUAUCAGUCAAUCUUCUUGUAUUGUUACUCAUUCAAUAUGUCAACUGUUACAAUACUUUUCCUCGCUAUCGAUCGUUUUAUUGCCGUACAAUCACCUUUAAAAUAUCGAACAGCACGAACUAUACCUUACAUCGCUUUAGCCAUCGUCACUGGCUUUGCCUAUUCAACUGCCUUUGUUAUUGCCGGUUUUAUCGUUGCUGAUGAUGAACUUGUUGAACCAUGCGAUCAAACAAUGGCCUAUUCAACAGAUUUAAUGACAGUCUGGAAUUAUGGCUCUGUUAGCAUAGCUGUAGCUGUUUUCAUAAUAAAUGUCAUCGAUUAUUACUUGUUACGGAAAACCUGGAAGCGAUGUAAAUACGUGUGCUUCUCAUUCAUAUUACUAACAGUAAAACUUAGGAGUAAUUAUGGUAAUGUUCACCGGAAUAAGUAA